GUGCCCGGCAACCAGACAGACGAACCAGAAGGAAGUGCAUACGAUGAGACGCAGCACUUGGCAGAAGCACUCGACCACGUGCUCGAGCUUCUCAGCGAGUUGAAGAACCAGCAGCCUCUCUCAUGGCUCCAGCGUCCCACAUUCCUGACGCUUCCUGGGCCCAACGACGACAUUGCCCAAAACCGAAACACGUCGCUCGACAAGCGUACGUUGACAGAGCCAAUUCGGUGCCUCAAAGAAGUCUACCAUGCAGCGUCCGAGGCUGACGUCAUGGGGCUCACCGAUUGGCUUCAUCAUGCCAAGCGAGGUACUGGCAUAGGUCGUCCCUUCCAAUUGUACGAUUUGUCGCCCAACGAAGUACGCGGCGUCCUUACACAGCUUACACCGCUGCUACAGCAACAGUGCGGUGUUCCGAUCCAGGCCCAACGCACCAACCGCGUCAUCUACAACACAGAUCUUAGUUUGCGCGCACUAACAACGUCAGAAACAUGAUAUUUCCAUUGACAGCCAC